AUGAUAUUUACAGUAGUGUCGUAAAUAUAGGCUAGGUUGCCAAGCGACCAUCUGAUUUCAGGCUUAGCCUCGCUAAACAGAAGGUUAAAGUGACUUCUCCAAAACACGCAUCAUGCCGUUCAUCGACCUCCAGGGGAAGUUGGGCAUCAACAUGGACAAAUGGAUGUUGAUCCAGGGUGGAGAGCAACCAUACAAACGGGCGCCGCGCUGCCACGCCUUUGAGAAGGAGUGGAUCGAGUGUGCAGAUGGCAUUGGUCAGACCCGUGCCAAGAAGGAGUGCAAGCUCGAGUUUGAGGACUUCUAUGAGUGCAUGCACAGAGAGAAGACGCACAAGAGGCUAUAUGAGAUCCGUAAGCAGCGGGACAAGAUGGUGAAGGAGGGCAGCUACCAGACCCCAGCUCACCACACUGGCGCUCAGGCUGAUGACAGGCCUUGACCCCAUUUGACCUUGUUGACCACAAGGUGUGUCCCCAACUUGUGUAUAAUAAUUUUUAUUCAGAUAUCACUUUAUUGUUCGUGUCUACCCCUGUACAAGUUUGCAAAUAAAUAUUAUUGACUGUGAA